CAUGGAUCUUUGUCGCCCGCGUGGAGACUGCUCGGUCAUCUGCUUCACGCACGCCAUGAAUCAACCUCCGCCUUGUUCCUUUGGAUUCGAUUCAGCGUGCGACGUGCCUCUCCUGCAGCCUCUUCUACUUGCACAGCCCAAAGCCAUCAACCUCGGGCAUCUCUGUAGCAAGAAACUGACGCUCACAUUUGCAACUUGGGGAUCAGAUUACCGGCGUGGCAGCGUGAGCGAGCCGGCCGGCAGGCCGCCGCCGCCGCCGACACGCUGCAGCAGGGUGGGCCGGCGUCUUGGGCCCGUCCCACACAUGCCGCCGUCGCGCGCGCCACCGGAGCCACACGCUUUUUAAAUUGGAUUUCCCGCGGGCACUCGUCGCCCGCCUCGCUCGCUACGCUACGUGCUCCUCCCCCGGCGCGCCAUCCCCGUCCUCCAGUCUGUACUCGCUUGGCUCCACCCGCGCUCCUGCUCCUACAAAUCACGAUCCUUCCCACCGUCUUCUUCCCCCGCCUCCUCAUCGAUCACGCACACAGUACAUACAGCGGCGGCAUGGACAGGUACAGGAUCGCGCCGGCGCGACCGGUCUGCCUCUCCGCCGCCGCCACGGGGCCCGGCGGGGCGCACCUCCGCCCGGCGGCGCUGUCGUCGGGGCGCCGGUCGAGCGGCGCCGAGAUCGGCAUCUUCACGGCCGAACGCUACUUCAGCUUCAGCGCGGCCGACGUCGUCAGGCGCGACGCCGCGCCGGCGCCGAACCCUGAUCACGCAGAGCUGACGCGGGUGUCCGUUCCGGCGGUGGACGCGGCCAGCCUGAGCGGGCGCACCGCCGCGUCGUCCGAGGCCAGCUGGAACAGCCGGUCCGGGCUGCUGUCCGUGGCGCACCACUCGGCCGCGGCGAGGCAGCAGAAGGCGGCCGGUGCCGGUGCCGGCGCGGCGUACGGGAGCGACCAGGGUUACCAGCGCGGCAGGAAGAGGGGCGGUGGUUCCGGACAGUGGUGGACGCUGUUCGGCCGCGACUGCCCCUGCGCAGGCAGGAAGGCGGUCACCGUCGACGUCGCGUCCGAGCCGAGGAGCCCGGCGGCGGCGCACUCCGACGCCAGGUUCAGCCCGCAGUCCGCCGUCGAGGAGUGCCUCGACAGCGACAUCUUCAAGGCGACGCACCCGUCUCCUCCAAGAGCUGCAGCCGGUGCUCACCAGGAGCUCGCCAAAGUGAAGGUCACCGUGACGCCGGGGAGCCGCGCGUUCCCCCUCGCCGCCGAGAGCGUCCUCGCGGCGGCGCCAAGCCGGAGCGCGGGCGGCGCGCCGUUGGCCGCUUUCAAGGCGGAUAUCGACCGCCGCGUCGUGACCUCCGGGGGGUUCACGUUCCCAACAGCGCUCGGCGCCGGUAGGGUCGUGAGCAACGGCAGCGUCUUCGACGAGCCGCCGCGCGUGUCGCUGGAGGUGUUCCACCCCAUCGACGAGGACUCGGUGAUCCUCGCCGACCCUCCGCCGGCCAUGCCACUGGCGUGCCGCGCCGGGCUGCUCCCGGCGCGCGCUCCGCCGCCGGCCGCGGCGCUGGCAGACGAGGAGGCGAUGAGCGACGCGAGCUCGGACCUGUUCGACCUGGAGAGCUUCGCGGCGUCGUUGUCGUACCCGACCACGUACCGCGGGCGGGGCAGCCGCCGGAACUCGGCCGAUGACGACCUCCCCUACGGCUCCGCGGCGGCGGCGGCCGCCGCCGAGCCGGCGCUGAGCGAGUGCAUGUACCCCGCGAGCGAGGCCAGCGUGGUGUGGAGCGAGGUCACGGCCGAGGGCGGCGCGUUCGACGCGGCCAGCGUGGCCAACUUCUCCAGCGCGGCGUCCGCGUGCUACGUCGACGACCUCCGCUACACGGUCCCGGAGUCCCCCGAGGCCGGCUUCACCGCCGCCAUGUCCCGCAGCGCCGGCCGCAAGAAAAGCGGCGGCGGCGGCGGAUUCAGGAGCAGCUGCCGGUGCGAGAAGGCGGUCAGCGUCGGGCCCACGCCGGUGCGGGUGGUCCGGCCGCCGGCGUACCCGGGCGCGGCCGGCAGGAAGAUGGGCGGCGACGGCGCGGCACGGUACCACUCCGGCCGCCGCGCGCACGUGCCGGUCCGGACGUGACGCGCGCGCGCGCCGUCAACUAGCCGGGCCGGCGGUGACAAGCGCGCACGAGGUUGUCCUUUUUGUUGGUAGAUUUUGAGGAUUAAAAUUAUGUCGAUAUAUUUGUUAUCACGAGUUCACGACGUUGUCGCUAUGUACAAAUGUGGAUGCUUUUAGCUUGUUUAUUUGGAUCGUGGUGAGAGUGAAACUGCUGUCUUAUGACAAUAUCAUA